AUGGCCAUCGUUAUUCCUCACUGCCACAGCCUGCUUUCCCUCCACCCAACUCUUCCUACAUCACACCACCCAUCUAUCUCCCUCUAUCGUUCUUUGCACCCACCCGCCUCUCCCUCUCUCAGACUCUGGACGAAGGGCACGUUCCAACCGCACAAAACUAGCCAGACGGAGCAUGAGAUGUGUCAGUAUCUGGAGUGGGAACUCAAUGUGGAUCCAGUGACGUUCAGGGAGUUCGAGGACAUGGUCAAGAAGUAUUUGACAACUCCUCCUCCUACCACAAAUCCCUUCCUGCCUCCUCCAGCCACUUUGGCACCUACGCCUAUAUAUGUGGCAUCUCCUCCAACACCCCCUGGUAUGGAGGACUGCACGGCUCACAUCGUUUCAGCUUCGUCUUCACCAGGUAUCCCAAAAUCCCCCCCGCCCAGCUCUUCCUACAUCACACCACCCACAUUGCCGUCAUCAACGGCAUCUCCUCCAACACCCCCAGGUAUGGAGGACUGUCCGGCUCGCAUCAUUUUAGCUUUGUCUUCACCAGGUAUCCCAAAACACAAGCCUGUACGGCUGUACCGGUAA